UUAAGGGGAGAAUAUUAAGACGCAUGUCAAUGAUAUCACACCAAUUUAUUACCAAGAUUCUUCCUAUAAAUACUAUCCCACCAAAAACUUCUCUGUUUUAAUCCUCCCCUACUUCUACUCUUCUCUCUUUUUUAAUUUCUCCCACCAUAUAAUAAAACUCUACUAUAUGUAACAUUAAUUAAUAAUAAUAUUACAAUGGUUUUAGAAUCAUAUUCAUCUUCAUCCAUGAAACUCUUAUUGUUUAUGGUUCCACUCAUAAUAGUUGCUGGUCUAGUUUCCGUGUUGGGUCCUAAUCCUUCUAAUUGGACUUCUAUUCCAAACCCAAGUGGUGAUGAUGUUACAACAAAAACUAUGGAGAAGGCUCAAGUUGUUGUGGCUGCUGCUGUUGAUUUUCAUAACAAAGAAGUCAAAGCUAUCUCUGAUGAUUCUCUUUUCAAUCUAUCUUCUACACCUCCACUUUCUAUUCAGGCAAUCCCUCAAAUAUUGGACAAAGAUAAGGAAAGUCUCAAUGCCUCCCAAAUUUUGCCUAACAUAACUACCUCUACCUCUAUGAAUGAAUCUCAAAUUCUUCUACAGAAACCAAACCUACCAAGAAAAUUCAGCAUCUUAGACAGAACCGAAGCUGGUCUACUACAAGCUAGAGCUGCAAUAAGAAAAGCAAGAAACGAGAAUCGAACACAAGACAUAGACUAUGUUCCAACAGGACCAAUGUAUCACAAUCCUAAUUCAUUUCACAGGAGUUAUUUAGAAAUGGAGAAACAAUUCAAAGUAUUUGUGUAUGAAGAAGGGGAGCCUCCGGUUUUCCAUAAUGGACCUUGCAAAAGUAUAUACUCCAUGGAAGGAAAUUUCAUCCAUGCUAUUGAGAUGAAUGAUCGAUUUCGAACAAGAGACCCCGAGAAGGCACAUGUAUUUUUCCUUCCUUUUAGUGUGGCAAAGAUGGUCCAAUUUGUCUAUGUACGCGAUUCUCAUGAUUUUAGUCCCAUAAGGAAAACCAUCACAGAUUAUAUCAAUGUGGUUUCCGAAAAAUAUCCCUUUUGGAACCGAAGCCUUGGAGCUGAUCAUUUCAUGCUUUCUUGCCAUGAUUGGGGGCCAGAGACAUCAAAGUCAGUUCCAAACUUGUACAAAAAUUCAAUCCGAGCGCUUUGCAAUGCGAACACAUCAGAGGGAUUCAAGCCUGCAAAGGAUGUAUCUAUUCCAGAAACCAAUCUUCAAACCGGUACAAUACAUGGUAUUGUUGGCGGGCCAUCACCAUCUAAGCGAUCAGUUUUGGCUUUCUUCGCCGGUGGGGUUCAUGGGCCCGUUAGGCCUGUUCUACUUGAACAUUGGGAACACAAAGAUGAAGAUCUUCAAGUUCACAAGUACCUUCCAAAGGGUGUGUCUUACUAUGAUAUGUUAAGAAAAAGCAAGUUCUGUCUUUGUCCUAGUGGGUACGAGGUUGCAAGUCCAAGAGUGGUGGAAGCAAUAUACACAGGUUGUGUUCCAGUGCUGAUUUCAGAUCAUUAUGUUCCUCCAUUCAGUGAUGUUUUGAAUUGGAAAUCGUUUUCUGUUGAAGUCUCUGUCAAUGAUAUACCUAAUUUGAAGAAAAUUCUAACGAGUAUAUCUCCAAGACAGUAUAUAAGAAUGCAGAGAAGAGUAGGACAGGUUAGGAGACACUUUGAGGUACAUUCUCCACCUACGAGAUUUGAUGUAUUUCAUAUGAUCCUUCAUUCUAUAUGGCUUAGAAGAUUAAACUUCAGACUCCACGAUGAUCAAUAACAUACUAGAGGAUUAUUAGUUAAUUAGCACCUAUGGUUGCCAAUUAGUUUCAAUAGUGUUUUAUUGGCAAUGUAAGAUUUUUUUCUUAGUGUGAAUCGAAUAUAUUUUUUCUUGUGUGAAUCGAGUAUUUUCUGCGUGCAACUCCACACAUUAAUCCCUCAAGCCGGGUAAUGUAAGAUGAUGGUGUGAAUGUGAUUCUUUCCCUUGAUUCUGGUGUAUAAAAUUUGUAUGAAGUAAUAUUUGUGUGAAUGAUACUUUACCAUCCCAUAUUGGAUGCCAUUGUCUAUUA